AUGCCACGAGAAAAGACAGCUACGCCUACUACUCCAACACCACCUACACCACAACAGAAUUUUCAGGAUAAGAGAAAAUGGGACGGGAGUCGAGAACCCUUUGACAACAAGAGAUUCCAAGGUACCCCAAACUCUGCACGGGGCAAGGGAAAGCAAACUACUCCAUAUCAAGGUGGAGAGUACCGUCAGAGAGCACCUCCCUGUGCCAAGUGCCAGAAGAAUCAUAUGGGAGAGUGCAGAAUCGGGACAAAUGUGUGCUACAAGUGUGGUGGAGUUGGACACUUCGCCAAGGAGUGCCCGAGCAAUAAUAACGUUGGAGUUGAGGGAACACCAAAUGGGCCUCGAGGGAAUCCUACCCCACCUCAGCAGCCACAGCAGCGUCGCCAACCAUAUCCCACUCAAGCUAGGGCCUAUGCUUUGGGACGCAAACAAGCUAAAGCCGCACAGGGAGAUCCGAAACAGGAUAAUCUGGCAGAUAUGGGAACACUACUUGACAUGCCUGUUGCUGUUCUGUUUGAUACGGGUGCAUCGCACUCCUUUAUAUCCCACUCCUGCCUAGAUGCUUUAAGACUUCCUGUUGAUGAACUUGAACAUAAGAUGAAUGUGAACUCACCAGUAGGAGAUGAUGUGCUGGUUUACUCAAAGAAUGAAAAAGAACAUAAGGAACAUCUAAGGAUCACUCUAGAGACGCUGAGAACAGAGAAGCUGUAA